GUCAAUUGUGCCUAUGAGAAACAAGCAAACACUUUAUAUCGAAAUCAGUGUAAUCCAACCAUGACCUGUGCUGUUCCAAGUUGCGCUGGAUUGGAAAAACGUUUGAUCCCAUUCCCGGAAAACUCGAUGCUGAAGAAACACUGGUUGCAAGCAAUCGAGUUCGGAACAGGACUGAAACUUUUAGCUCGUCAUCGGGAAGCAGUUUGUUCGUGGCAUUUCGGUAAUCAGGCUUCCACCACAGGUUAUUGGGAGCCUUUUAAAUUUUUACACAAAAAUGGAAGAGUAAUCCAGGUGGCCAGCUGUCGUCUGUGUUUGCAAUUUAAAGAACGUGCUCGUUUGACAUCUAGUAGUUACAUACUAGAAAAACCGUAUUUAUCACGCGCGAUACAAUAUGCUUUAAACAUUUAUUUAUCGCAAGAUGAUCUCUUUACUGGGAUAUGUGUUAGCUGUCAGGAUAGUGUUGAUAGUUUGGAUAAGUGGAUUCAACGCACUAAAAGCACUGAAGAAGAUUAUCAUGAUUUACAGACAGCUGCCCGAAGCAGUAUAUUCAAUAUUAAAGGUAGUUUUGAAAACAACGAAAGUAGAUUUACCGCAGAAAGCCUUGAAAUUGAAAUAGGUGAGAUCAAAGUUGAGUGUAGAGAAGAUAGUACUGCCGAAAACCAGGCUGAUGAAACAGUUGAAAAUAUCGCUGAGUUAUGCACUGAAAAUAUUGACCGACUGGUUCAAACAAGUGUUAAAAAUGAAAUAGAGGAGUCGAAGUCGCUGAGAACAUUUUUGCCGGUUAUUAAAUUUAAUCACCCGCCAAAUAUACCAGCAAAGCGUGGUCAGAAGUUUAAACGCAAAGUUACUGAAACUACCACGACAUUCAAAUUCAAAGACAUUCUUAGCCGAAAGUGUUACAUUUGUAAUUCCCUACUAGAAGAUCGUGAAGAGUUAGUAGCUCACCUGACUACAUACCACGCGAUCGGUAAUAAUCACAAAUGCCCUGAAUGUGACAAAACUUUUAAAUUGAUAACCUCUAUGAACCGUCAUCUCAGUUUGCACGACAAGUUGAACAGACCACUCAAAUGUAGUUAUUGUACAGAAAGAUUCAAAUUUAAAUACAGUCUGCAUGUCCAUGAAAAUCGAGAACAUGAAGCUAGUCAUGAUAUUCGACAAAAGAAAAAAAAUACUGAAAAAACAUUUCAAUGCUCAACCUGUGGUCAGACGUUCCGUACAAACUAUGAUUUACUCAAUCAUGACCGGUUUUAUCAUCAGAAAAUGCCAGGAGCAACAUGUAAGUUGUGCGGUAAGCAUUUUCGGCAUCCGUCAUCGCUUCGCAAGCACCAAACAGUACACGUUGGUGAUAAGCCAUACGUUUGCCUGCAUUGCGGAGCUGCUUACAAAUCUACCUCUAGUUUAGUAAAUCACAUUGCCAAGCAGCAUGAAGCUUUGGAAACUGAAACUCGCGUUGGUCAUAAAAGUGAUUCAGAAUCUAUCAAAUGUGAUGUUUGCUCAGAAAGUUUUUCUAGCAAAGCCUUGUUGGUCGGUCACAUUGAUAAAAAACAUUUAGGAAGAAGAACAAAACAGGCGGAGUAA